GUUGCAAUAUGAUUGAACUGUUUUUUAUAAAACAUUUAAUUUGUAGCUAGCAAACUAGCUAGUUGCUCAGCUUGCCUCAUUGGUGAAAAAUACAACCCCACAGAGCUCAGCAAGCACAAUAAUAUCCAUACUUGCAUAAUUAAUACGGGCUUGCUGUGCGUGCAUAUCAGUUUGCUGGACUGCAUUGGACUCCACACAAUAUUGGUGUUACCAGGAGAUGGUCACUGCCACCAUUUUCAGUUGUAUCUGCAAGGACCAUGUUUAUUCAGACCCAGGACACUCCCAACCCAAACAGCUUGAAAUUUCUGCCUGGUCGCAUGGUCCUUGAACAAGGAACGAUGGAUUUUACUGCACCCCGUGAAGCCUAUUGCUCCCCCCUCGCAAGGCAGCUAUUUAGAAUCGAUGGUGUCAAGGGUGUCUUUUUGGGUCCUGACUUCAUAACCAUAACCAAGACAGAUGUAGAUCUGGAAUGGAAGUUAAUCAAACCUGAUGUGUUUGCUGCCAUUAUGGACUUCUUCACAUCUGGACUCCCUGUUGUCAAUGAGGAGGACACCCCUCGUGCAGAUACAGCACCAUCAGAUGAUGAUGAUGAGGUGAUUGCUAUGAUCAAAGAGCUUCUGGACACCCGAAUCAGGCCAACAGUGCAGGAAGAUGGUGGAGAUGUCCUGUAUUGUGGCUUUGAGGAUGGCAUUGUAAAGCUGAAGCUGCAGGGCUCCUGCACCAGUUGCCCCAGCUCCAUGGUCACUCUGAAGAGUGGCAUCCAGAAUAUGUUGCAGUUCUAUGUCCCUGAAGUGGAAGGGGUGGAGCAGGUGAAGGAUGAGCAAGAGGAGGUUGCCCAAGGCUGAGUCCAAUGGAAACUACUCAGACCCUAUAGACAUUCCUCUUACCCUAUCCUCUCCUGCAGCCACUCCGGACUCCAGUAUAGCUGAUUAAUCCGCAUCGUAGAGGCUUGUCUAAAGCACAGCAGUGACGAAGGAAGAACUUCGCUGUUAUUUUGAGAGAUUUGUCAUUGGACUUCAUAAGUUCCCGGAGAUUGUCAGCUGUCAACCUUUCUGGCUAUGGGACUCGGUGUGUAAGAGAGGACCCCGCCUUGUCUGAAGUAGUGUCCUUGUCCUGCUGUUUUUUUUUUUUUUUGAAGGAUUCCAGGCUGAUGGAGUCCACAAACUUUUGUCUGACAAUGUAUUUAUUGCAGUAUCUCAUAUUAUCACACCAUAUAACUCAGUAAGUAUUGGUUAUUAAAAAAACAACUCCAUCUAUAUACAACACAAAUGUGCAGUCUGUAUAAUGUAAAUAAAGUACAUUGAAUUAAGUGUAUGAAAUUAUUUUAUAGAAUUCCCUGAAUAUUGGCUACCAAACCCUUUGUCAAUCUGACGGGAAAAAGUGCACAUGUUGCACGGAUAGAGGAUACUCCUUUUGCCAUUAUGGUCUGGAGGAAAGCUUGAGUUUGCAUUGCUUUCUAAGUCUGUUACUAUUAUCGUACAUUUAAAUAAGUGAUUAAAGACAUAAUUUAUACA